AUGCCACGUAGUCUCUACUUCGAUUAUGUCGAAUUAAGCCUGCGUGUGGGUUUUGAUAACGGAGAAUCCAUCUGCCUUGUGGUCCGCGGAAUGGUAUUUAUUUCCCCCUACUGGCCUAUGGAGGCAUUGACCCCGUUCGUGCAUCCCUCCUAUCCGCCACCUGGGGACGCGUCCUCUAGGGAAUCAGGCUACCCCGGUGAUAUC